UGCAAAAGCAAUUGGAUGUGACUCAACGCCCCCUUCGAGUCGGAACGGGCAACGGAUGUCAAUUGCGCUAGGGCGGGUGCGGAUGCACCUCGAGUCAUCGAGUAAUUGCGUAAAGAACAGUGCCUUCUCGGCAUGCGCCGAGGGCGUCUCGCGUGUCGAGGUCGAGGACGGACUCGAGGUGGUGGGCUCCAUUCCCAGAUGACGAUCCAGGCGGCCCACGGAGUUUAAUCGCUCCAUCACCGACUCCGCCAAGACUUCCCUGUCACGGACACCAGCGCAGCUAUCCUCGCCAACACCGCACCUUGAAGCGGCCCCAUCGCCUGCAUCGCCAUUGCCUCGACGAACCCUUGACGCUUCUACGAAUACCGUCUCGACCGCCGACUUUUCACGACUCGACACCAUGUCGGAAUCCGAGCUCUCGCCCAAGUUCGCGCCGUUCUUCGGCAUGGCUGGUAUCGCGUUUGCUAUGAUCUUCGGAUGCAUAGGAGCCGCAUAUGGCACCGCAAAGUCAGGCAUCGGUAUCUCCGGUGUUGGAACCUUCAGGCCUGACCUCAUCAUGAAGUCGCUCAUUCCGGUCGUCAUGUCCGGUAUCAUUGCUGUCUAUGCCCUCGUCAUUGCAGUGCUCAUUGCCGGAGACAUGGGCCCGCCGCCGGGGCAGAACUACAGCCUGUUUAGCGGCUUCAUGCACCUUGCGUGUGGCUUGUCGGUGGGCCUGACUGGAUGUGCUGCAGGCUACGCGAUCGGCAAGGUUGGAGAUAUGGGUGUGCGAUCGUACAUGCAGCAAUCGCGUAUCUUUGUUGGUAUGGUUUUGAUCCUGAUUUUCGGAGAAGUCCUGGGUCUUUACGGUCUUAUUGUCGGCCUUAUCCUCAACACUCACAGCCGCGGAUGAGCAAGUAUCGGUGAAGAAGCCUCGUGCGCACGAUUGGCGGUGAGCCGUCGGUUGUGAACAUGAGCGAGACACGCCACGGAACUAAGCUAGCAUGCACUGUACGAAGCGCUCCUUUGGCUGCACUGGAAGGAUGGAGCAUUCCAUCGGAUGGUGAGCCCGAGGCUGGAGCCUGGCGUGCAGCGUAUAGUUAUAAAUUGCGUCGCCGUUAGACAGUGUUUGCGGUAGAGGGCGCCGGAACGGGCCGGAAAAGGAAAUGUAUAUAUAUGUGUAUCACGCUGCAAGCAAAGUAAUGGUCGGCCUUGCCGAAAAGCAGACCAAGGCAUUCCGUGAC